AGCCUUGUACACAUUUAUAUUUUUGUAACAUCAUAUUUUAACUCCAGAGACUUAGGAUUGACUCCAAAAUUCAGAUAGCAAAAUUAAAAAUCUUUUCUUUCUUUUGUGUAUAUUUUAUAUGUGUGAUAUAGCAGUGAAGUGUUUCUGCAGAUAAAGAGAGCAAUGAAGAAAUGUGAGUUAUGCAAUAGUAUAGCAAGAGUUUACUGUGAAUCAGAUCAAGCCAGUCUUUGUUGGGAUUGUGAUGCCAGAGUUCACGCAGCUAAUUUCCUUGUGGCUAAGCAUUCAAGAAAUCUUCUCUGCAAUUCUUGCCAAUCACUUACCCCAUGGACUGGCUCUGGCUCUAAACUUGGUCCUACUGUUUCUGUUUGCCAGACAUGUUUUCACAAAAAUAAUGAUGGGGCAGAUCAUGAUCUUGAUCAUAAUGAUACAGAUGAAGAAGAAGAUGAUGAUGAAGAUGAUGACGGAAGCAGUGACGAAGAUGAUGGUGAUAAUCAAGUGGUUCCUUUGUCUUUUUCAACUACUGAUCAGCCUCGUCCUCCGUCAUUGGCGUCAAGUUCUUCUUCAAGUAGUGAAGAGUCUACUAGCAGAUUUUAUAGGAGAAGAGUAGUUGGUGUCUCCAAUUCAAGUAUUGGGUUUUCACCAAACAGAACAGAUGAAAAUGUUCGAUCCCAUUUUCGUGGAAUUUCAAGACCUGAAGAGAAGGUAAAGAAGAGUUCAUGGACAUGGAGAUAAAGUAGGGAAAUUUUCAGAUCAAAAGCUUCUCUGUUAUAUGAUAGAUGAAGGGAAAGAAUAUUGGCAGUGAUAGAUCGUUGGUAUGAAUAAAUCUUGAAGAGUUGUAAAUGACACAUAUAAGGUAGCUAGUUUUUUAUGUUUCCAUCUGCUGUUGACAUCAAUCCUGGAGUUCUUACUUGGAAAUUUAUAAUAAUUGAUUAUUUCUUACUUGGAAGUUUGCUAA